UCCGUUGCUAGGUAACUAAGCGUUAGUUUCAUGUUUGUAACCAUAAAACAAAGACGCAAAGAGAUUUGUUCAUAAAGUAGAGGACUCUUUGGAUAAGUCAUUGGAAAACGACGCUAAAGUACGUGAAGUGUUUUUUUUUUUGUUUUUUUUAAAAACAUUUUUAAGAACACUAUCGAAACCAGGUUUCACAUUAACGAAACGUAAAAACUCGGUUGGCUCCUAUAAUACUUACGUUACGCUGCAGCUUGUUUCUUUUAUCCACGAGCUGUUUUGUACCGGCGUUUCUGUCCCUGUUUCAACGGCCGCGGUUACCAGAGAUGAUGGCUUCUGCAUCGUCGUCGUCCUCUUCCCGAGAUAUUUCAAAGAAAAUUAAGGACAGGCCACUCCGAGGUGAAGAAUGCAAUCUCAAUCGAGUGGAGUGCACCACUGUACCACCAGGACCUGCAUAUAAAGUAGACCCACAGGCUGUAUUGAAGAGACCUGUAUUGCUAAGACAACCCAGUGUGAACCACUUGAAGGCUCGUGAGCAAAUGAUAUUUCUAGGCUGGCACACCCAGUCACCUGCAACUAAGGGAAAAAAGGAACCAGAAUGCACACAGAAGGUCCCUGAGCCACAACAGCCUACUCCUCUAAAAUCUCCAGUUAAGAAACAGGAAAAGAUCACAAAACAUAUAAAACAGGAAAAGGAGACGAGAACGACCAGCUUACAACUUAUAAGGGAUUUCAAUCGGAUGCUUUUUACAGAAAAGAGAGCCCAGUCAGCCACGCCCUCAGGAAAAGCAAGGUCAUACAGUUAUCAAGCUUUAUCAAUGACCGACGAGAAACCAUUUGCAAAAUUGACAGAAAGUGAUUAUUAUGAGUUAGACCCCGAAUCCGCUGCAGCCUUGACUUCCCAAAGACUUUGUAAAGCCUUUACUCUGUGGCGCAGCGAGGUGUGUAAGAGGAAGCGUGACUUUGCUAAGGCGGUUCUCCACAUCGACCUGUUUAUACUGGACUCGAAUCUGAGAGCAGCAUUGUUGAAAAUCAGGGCACUCUCAUGCCAUCUCACCGAGACAGGGCCGUAUCGGGUCAUAGCAAACCAAACAUACACACUGAAGAAGUUCUACGAGUCUCAGGUCCAACAACAACAUGAGAUACAGAGUAACCUUCUGCACUUUCGAGAAGCUGUUAAGAAGGUGACAAUUUGUGAUGGACGUACAUACCUAGUGGAGCAUAAAACUAUGUCUGCAAGGAGUUAUAACAGUGAAGUUUUAAAUGCGACUUUUUAUAAGCGGGUGACUUGCUUCAUUCGUCAUGUUGACCAUUUGAUGUUUAGCACAGUGCACUCCUUGGUGCUAAAUGCAGUGGAUAUCAUCCUGACUGUAUUCCAGGAACAGGUAGGUCAUAAGCCCGGCCAAAUCACUCCUCCCACCCCAAGUGACCAGCCUGAGGCUCCUUCUGAAGAGGAUUCUGAAAAGAAGGUUCUUCCUGACUUUCCUUUAUUAACAUCUGAGCUACUGCUGGAGUUAAAUGUUUUGACGUUCAAGCCCUCUGAGGAAGACUUCCAGGAAACCAUCAGAGACCUAAUCAGGGAGUUCAAGAAUACAGGAAUGUCUUUGAUGUCCCUCACAGGAGACACUGAAGUGGUUUCACUGAUAGAUUUUGAACAGGAGGAUCUGGAGGGUGGUCCUUCUUUGAACACUGUCUUGGAGGAAGAUAUCCACCUUCAAGGUAUCAUUAAAAAGAUCAUGGAUUCACUCCAUUUAGCCUUUGGUUCAGCCAAAGUCUAUUCACGCACAUUUGAGCAUUUUCUGGAUUUCUCUAAGAAGAAUAAACAUCUGGAACUUGUUGCAAUGGGACAAACAGAACCAGAUUUGAGCUUUUUUGCCAAAACCUUGGAGUUAUAUCAUGGUAAAUAUAAGGAGGCCAUAGCUAUCCAAGACAAGAUGCAUCUUGGCUUACUGCUGGUGGAUCAAACACAGCUCAAACAGCAGCUUAAUGCUUCAACUCUCUCUUCUCUGGAGGAAUCGCAUGGAAUGCUCAUAAAGCUGGCUAGGAAACAAGUCGAUGACCUCCUGACUAAAGUUGGUGAAGCCAAAACUACACUGGAGUCCUGUCCUUCCACAACAGUGGAGAUGGCUGAGCAGCUCAUAUUCCUGGAUGACUUUGAGGACGGAAUCUUGGACGUACAGGAGCAGCAUGACAAUGUUUCCAAGGUGUACAAUCUGUUCAAAGCGUACUCUGUUACCGUACCAUCUCAGGACCUUGUUGAUUUCGCCACACUGCAACCCAACAUCAGCUUGUUGUAUUAUUUAAUUGACGACGGGGUGGCAGACAGGGAGUCGAACAUGGAGAGAUUUAUCAGCUCCCUGGCCACAGAUGAAAACAAAAUGCAAGAAGAAAUCAGAAAAUUGCCACAUACGUUGCAGAAUCCAGACUUUUUGGACAUCAAAGUAAGCCCCUCUACAGUGCGUCCCUACUUUGAGAAGAUCCAGACUGAUGUAAAUAGGCUGGAAGCCCAGGCAUCAUCCUGUAAUUUCUAUGAAAAUAGAUUCAAGCUGGAGAGUACCAGGUUUGAUGUCCUGGAAGAGACGGCGGCAAAAUUCAGGCUGAUCCUGCUUCUCUGGAACUCUUUAGAGGAAUGGGACGAUCUACACAAUAAAUGGCAGCAGACCCAACUGAAGGAAAUGGACAUGGAGGAGUUGAGCUCGCAGAUUAGCAAGUUUGACCAGUAUGUCGAGCAGCUAGAGACGGGCCUGCCUCCAAACUCUUCAGUUGUAGUUUUGAAAAAUAAGGUGGAAACAAUGAAACAGAAGAUGCCUAUCAUCGGUAAUCUGUUGAAUCUGCGUUUGAAGCCUGGACGGUGGGUGUCUUUGGAGAAUUUAGUGGCCGCCACUCUGGACGUGGAGGAAGUUACUAUUGCCAAACUGGAGGAACAUGAUGUCUUCUCAUGUGGAGUAGAGAUACUACAGAUAUUGAGUUAGCAAACUUGGACCCUUUUUCAGUCUUUAUUUCACUUCUGUGUGUAAGUACAUGUGUGAAUCUUAAUUAUACUCCUUAAGUUUGUAAAUACAUUACCCUUAACCUAUAAAUUAACCAGAUAGAAUAGACACAGGCAUACAGUUCAGAUUUACAAACCAUCGUUACCAGCUUUAUUCUGUUGAUUAGUAAACAAGGUACUUUUUUUUCAGAAAAGGUGCUGAUGAAAGAUCUAUUGACUCAAGGAAAUACUAGAAAUAUAAAUGCAGAGUUACGAGCUAACUUCCUUUUUUGGUAGGAAUGUUAUCGCAAUAUUAAAGGCAGCUAAAUUAACAGUUCUAUUAAACACAUUUAUUUUCAACCUUGUUUUUGAUAUUUUAUCUCUGCUCUGGAAAAUGGAUUGCAACCAUGGUGUAGGAGUGUAGAGAACACAGUUGCGAAAGGAGGAGGUUGUAACACAUAAUUUUAAACUUUGGUGGAGGAAUUUAAUAGCUAUCAGCAAAAUGAGGAAUUGCACACACACUUUGCGCUAACCAAUACUGUGGAAGAGCAUUCACAAACAACAGUUGCUCUUAAGUAGUGAAUAGGCAAUAAGGUAAAGAAAUGAAGCUAAAGGAAAUGAAUAAAUAAAACAGACCUAAACUUAAAUAUGGUACUAUUUCCUGCCCAAUAAUAUCUUCUCAUUUUCCUGGAAAAAUCAUUCUUCCUUCACAGUCCAAAAUAAAGACUUUGGGUUUCUUAAAUGCAGAAGAUGGAUUUGGUGUAGAGAGACUUUAGGAGGAUCUGACAACUUUAAAUUACGGUAACUGUUACAAUCCCAGAUUGUCUUUUUGUUGUGUCUAUUUGUGACUUGUUUCUAUGCCAUUUCUCAAGACUGACCUACUGAAACAUCACAUCUGGAUGCAUGCGAGAUUGUGUAAUGACAAAUCAGUGUGUGACUAAAACUAGUAAAGGAAGCCUGGGAAGAAUACUUUUUCAAACAUAUCUUUGUUGUGAUCUGGUGUUCCUGUUAUUUCAAAUGCAUCAGUUUAAACAUUGUCCUAACAGAUGCUGAAAGAACUUUAUUUUAUUAAAUUUAUCUUCAGAACUGGACCUAGUUCUUGUUACUUUAGGCCACCUUAUUUUUCAGCUUGUAAUGAAUCUUGCAGGUGAACAAUGCAUAGAAUGAUGUCUCAUAGUGACUUCUGGAAUGUCUUAAUGUUGAGAGGAACUGGUAGGUCUCAGGUGUUACCAUCCAGCUCUCACACAGUGUUUUGUAGAACAGAAUUGUGUUUGACCAUCAGAAGUCGGAUAUUUGUCUGGUUUUAUUGUGAAGAUGUUUAUGGAGGAUUUUAACAUCAUGUUACUGUCAACAACUUCUUAAUGGUCAAGUUGCAGACAAAGCUGGCUCUGUUUAAUUAGACUCUGCUAAAAGCUUAAAAAGCUCCCAGUGAUUUCUGUACAAGCAGUAAAAGCUUCCAAAUAUU